AUGUUAAGGAAACCCUCGUGAAAUGGAAACAGAAAGCCGUUGUGGAAACAGCGAUAGCGACUGCAGUUUGACAUAGCUGAGAGAUUCCUUUAUUCCACGAGCUAAGAACUUUUCCCCUUCCCGCUCGGAUUUCUGACACGCCGUAUAACCGAUUUAAUAUUCGAUUUCACAAUUUUAUUUUAUUUUUCCUGAUUGAUUGAGAAGAAAACGGCUUGAAAUGAAGUAUGUUUUGGUCACCGGAGGCGUGGUGAGCGGCCUCGGGAAAGGCGUCACCGCCAGCAGCAUCGGCGUCGUGCUGAAAGCGUGCGGCCUGCGCGUCACUUCCAUUAAAAUUGAUCCCUAUUUGAAUACAGAUGCUGGUACAAUGUCCCCAUUUGAGCAUGGGGAGGUUUUUGUUCUUGAUGAUGGAGGCGAGGUGGAUCUUGAUUUAGGUAACUAUGAAAGGUUUCUGGAUGUGAGACUUACUAGGGACAACAAUAUUACUACAGGAAAGAUAUAUCAGUCUGUCCUUGAACAGGAGCGGAGAGGGGAUUAUCUUGGGAAGACAGUACAGGUGGUACCCCACAUUACCGAAGCCAUUAAGAAUUGGAUUGAAUCAGUAUCACAUAUCCCUGUGGAUGGGAAAGAAGGCCCUGCAGAUGUUUGUGUUAUAGAAUUGGGCGGCACUGUUGGUGAUAUUGAGUCAAUGCCGUUCAUUGAAGCUUUGAGACAGCUACUCUUCUCUGUUGGACAAAAUAAUUUCUGUUUGAUUCACGUCAGCCUUAUCCCCGUUCUCGGAGUUGUUGGUGAACAGAAAACUAAACCUACACAACAUAGUGUCCGCGAAUUGAGGGCAUUAGGCUUGACCCCACAUUUUCUAGCUUGCCGCUCAGCAGAGCCUCUGUUGGAGAAUACAAGGCAAAAAUUGUCACAAUUUUGCCAUGUGCCUGUUAGCAAUAUACUCAAUAUCCAUGACGUGCCAAAUAUUUGGCACAUCCCUCUACUGCUUCGGAGUCAAAAUGCACAUGAUGCCAUUCUAACACAUCUGGAGCUACAGAGUGUUGCCAAUACUCCUAAUUUACAAGAAUGGACUGAUAGAGCUGAAACCUUUGACAAUCUCUCAAACUCUGUGAGAAUUGCAAUGGUCGGGAAAUAUGUUGGAAUGGCGGAUUCUUAUCUGUCAGUGGUGAAGGCCCUUUUGCAUGCUUGCAUUGCCUGUUCAUUGAAGCCAGCAAUUGAUUGGAUUGCAGCUUCAGAUCUUGAAGAUGACAACGCGUUGUCUACACCGGAAGCUCAAGCGACAGCUUGGAGAACUCUUAAGAAUGCUGCAUGUAUCUUGGUUCCAGGUGGGUUUGGAGAUCGGGGUGUCAAAGGUAUGCUAUUGGCUGCAAAAUAUGCCCGAGAGAACAAAGUUCCAUAUCUCGGGAUAUGUUUGGGUAUGCAGAUAUCCGUGAUUGAGUUUGCGAGAAAUGUUUUGAACAUGGAAAGGGCAAACAGCUCCGAGUUUGAUAAGGAUACCCCAAAUCCUGUUGUGAUAUUCAUGCCAGAGGGUUCAAAAACUCACAUGGGAAGCACAAUGAGACUUGGUAGUCGAAGAACACUAUUUCAGACACCAGACUGCUUGACCGCAAAACUGUACCAUAACUCAGAGUAUGUUGAUGAAAGACAUAGGCACCGAUAUGAGGUGAACCCAGAAAUGGUUGAUACCUUAGAGAAAUCUGGCCUAAAAUUUGUUGGGAAAGAUGAAACUGGAAAACGGAUGGAGAUUUUGGAGCUCAAAGACCACCCCUUUUACGUCGGGGCUCAGUUCCAUCCAGAAUUCAAGUCACGCCCUGGGAGGCCCUCACCACUAUUCUUAGGUUUCAUUUUGGCGGCAAUUGGGCAGUUAGGACCUUACCUUCAAAAUCCUCGUAAUGGAAGCUUGUAGUUCUGCUGCUUCAAGAGAAACUGUGGACUUGGUCAGUGAUGCUAUCGAAAGCUCGACUAGUGUUAGGCCAAUAGAACCUGUGUCUAUCUUGAUAUUUGGUUGAAGUUAGAUUAUUUUCUUUUAUGCUAGUUUUUUAUACGAGAAAGGUGGCUUCAUCUAUGCCAAUUGUAAGUAUGUAUUUCUGGUAUUAGAUCCCCAGGUAAUUUUGCUAGUUCUGUUAGCCUUAGUUUAUUUAUACCCUGGUCGUAUGCAGUUGUACUCAGACAAAUGUUUUGAAUAUUUUGUUAUAUUUUGGCUAAAUCACAAGAAAAUUCAUAAAUUUUCUACUGAA